AUGAAGUUUCGACUGCCAUGGGCUUUAAGACCAAACCAUGGUUUCAUAUUCCCAUUUCAGAAAGAUUCACAGCAGCCUGUCCCUUCGACUGAAGCCGAAGGAGAAGAUGAGCAUAUGGAAAAUGUGGAGGAGGAGGACGAGGAUGACAGCAGCUCAGGAUGGGUGACAGAUCAUGGUUCGGAGGAAGAAGAUGAAGAGCUCGACUUUGAUGAAAGCCAGGCAAUUCCUAUCACUUCGUGCUUGUUCUGUCCUCAGUCGACGCCUUCAAAAGAAGAAGCAGCAGAGCAUAUGAGAUUCCAUCACGGAUUUGUUUUACCUGAUAGAAAAUACUUAGUCGAUGAAGAGGGUAUGCUUAAAUAUUUAGGACUAAAAGUAGGAGCUGGGCGUUGUUGCAUCUUCUGUCCAGAUAUUCGGAGUCGCUUUGCGACCACGACUGCAUGUCAAGCACAUAUGCGUGAUAAGCAGCACUGUAAAGUUAAUCGUGAACCUGAAGGCAUGUUGGAGUUUGCUGAAUACUACGAUUACAGUCCGAUGUACGAGAAUGACAAGGACGGUGCUUCAUCGGAUUCAUUUUACGAUGAUGGGUGGACUUUAACGCUUCCAUCUGGGGCAAAAAUUGGCCAUCGCUCGUUGAUGCUGUACUACCGUCAGUAUCUUCGUCCUACAGACGGCACGAAACCUGACGUUGGCAAAGCAGCUAUCGAUAAAGCUCGA